AUGAUUUUGCUGUGGGUCCUCAUCCUACUGGCUCUGUGCGGGCCUGCACAUGGCGUCUGUGGACAGACCUGUGGGCUCCGGCCCAUGGGUAGUACCCUUGGCACAACACGCGUUGUGGGUGGCUCAGAUGUCAUGCCAGGAACUGGGUCCUGGGCAGGAAUUGCCAGCAUCCGUAUGUUCUGGAACCCACCAGUGUCUGUGCAUGUCUGUGGAGGGACCCUCGUCAACUCACAGUGGCUCCUCACAGCUGCCCACUGCUUUAUCAACGCAACCAACCCCCUCAGUGAGUGGGCCAUCGUGUUUGGGGCCACCUCAUUGGGCCAGUCAGGCCCUGAUGUCGAAGUGCGCCGGAUUAAGCGGCUGAUCAUGCACGAGAAAUACGUUCCUGAUGUUGAGUAUAACGACGUUGCCAUGGUGGAAUUGGACAAGCCAGUGCGGUGCAGGUCAACCAUUCAGACCGCCUGCCUGCCUGCACCUUCGGUGAACCUGGCAGGGCUGAAAGACUGCUACAUUGCUGGCUGGGGUGACAGAAUUGUAAAAUCAUCAGGUAGAGAUAUCCUGCAGCAGGCCAAGGUCCAAUUCGUCCCUAACCAACUCUGCAACAGUAGCGAGUGGCUGGGAGGGUACAUCUACGACUUCCACGUGUGUGCUGGGCAGGGUGGUGUUGGCACCUGCCAGGGUGACAGUGGGGGGCCUCUUGUCUGUGAAGAUAAGCGGGCUGGCAUCUUCUGGCAAAUUGGUAUCACCAGCUGGGGAGUAGGCUGUGCCAGACCCAAACGGCCUUCAGUCUUCAGCGCCACUCAGUACUACUACAACUGGAUCUGGAAAACAAUGGGAAGGAAGCCAGCACCAAAUACUCCAGCACCAACACCAGCUCCAACCUACACCGCAGCCCCCCCGGUGACAGUUUCAAGGCCAACGCAACCCUGUCCAUUUCCACGUGAAAAGCUUCUGCAAUUCUUUAAUCUGCUGAAGGAAAUCUUGCAGUACCUAAAGGAAAAACUGUUCUGA